ACUCAUUCCAUUUUACUUUGCACAAAUCCCACUUGUUUGUAAGCUCACUGUCUCUCACUUUUCUUUAUAUCCUAUACCUCAUCCCAUUUUCAUCAUGGCCAUCUCCAUCGCAGACAUCGCUCAGCGAACAAUUGUCCUCACUUCCAUCGGUCUCACAAUAUAUGGAGGAGUCCUUACAGCACACGGUAUUGGAUACCGAGCUUUAAGAGCACGAGGGUACUUUGGAGGACCUCCCGAGCCCUCAAAGCCUUUGGAAGCCCAAAGUCCUGUACCAACACAACCAUCAUAGGCGUUUUCCAACCACUAGGCGUUUGGUCUCAUAUGCACUUCUCCUCCUCUCCAUUAGCUGGCCAUCCUUCUCUGCCCCCAAUUGAUUGCCUUUUCGAAAGGCAGAGCUCAAAGUUGACUUUGAGAUGUUUGCUGCAGAAUAAUCAC